AUGGGGCUUCUAGCUGUCACUGCCGGCCGCUUUCGGAACCGGGUACGGUCGGUUCAGGCGUGGAGUCGCGAUUUCACGUCUGUUUCUGCAACUUUUCGAAACAGUGGAGCGCUGACCCUGAAGGCGUCAUUGAUCCAGAGAAAAUGUGCUGGACUUCAUCAACACAGAUUGCCUUUUAUUCGUUUACUCAACUCUGACAAACCACCCAGAGGAUUUGAGAAAUUCUUCCCAAAGAGCGCAGGUGCCGCCGGUGCCAGUAAAUCAGCUGAAGAUAUAAAAAGCAAAGCGCAGGAACCGCUUUGUAAGCACCAAGGGGAGAUGAAAAACAAAGGCGAUGAAGGACACAGAGGAGGACAAAAGGAGGAAGAAUCAGAUUGGUGGACACGUUUUCAGGAUAAUUUUCCAUUGGACGAAAAAGCAUUUCGGAACAUUGCAAUUGGAGCGGCAGGCAUGGCCUCAGCAUUUUUCUACUUUUACUUCCGGGAGACUGGCAACCAGAUCUCCUGGAAGGAUUUUGUACAUCACUACUUGAAGAAAAGCUUAGUUGAUCACCUGGAAGUUGUCAAUAAGCAAUAUGUCAAAGUAAUUCCAGCCCGUGGGGUAAACACGUCAGAUGUGAGUUAUUUGUGGUUCAACAUUGGAAGUGUGGAUUCAUUUGAACAUAAUCUGCAAGCAGCUCAACAGGAAUUGGGUUUGGAGUCCACAUGUGUAGUACCUGUCCUAUACACCAGUGAGAGUGACGGGACGCUGUUAUAUAGCGUACUCCCGACCUUACUUCUGCUCGGCUUCCUGCUGCUUGGAACUCGGCCGAGGCUGACUGGGGGUAGAGGACGUAUAAACCUCUUCAGUUUGAGCCAAUCCAAAGCCAAGAUCAUCAAAGACGAUGUUGGGGUUCGCUUCAAGGACGUCGCAGGAUGUGAGGAAGCCAAACUGGAAAUUUUGGAGUUUGUCAACUUCCUGAAGAACCCUCAGCAGUACCAGGAACUUGGAGCCAAGAUCCCUAAAGGUGCAAUAUUGUCAGGCCUGCCUGGAACAGGGAAGACCUUGCUCGCUAAGGCCACUGCGGGAGAAGCAAAUGUUCCUUUCAUUACUGUCAGUGGCUCAGAGUUCCAAGAAAUGUUUGUUGGUGUCGGCGCUGCAAGGAUCCGGGACAUGUUUGCCACCGCACGAAAAAAUGCCCCCUGUAUCCUCUUUAUUGAUGAGAUUGAUGCAGUAGGUAGAAAGCGGGGAAGCGGAAACUUUGGGGACCACAACGAACAAGAAAACACACUUAACCAACUACUAGUUGAAAUGGACGGAUUCAACAGCAGCACCAAUGUGGUUGUUUUGGCUGGUACCAAUCGAGUUGAUAUCUUGGAUCCGGCUCUGAUGAGACCGGGGCGCUUUGAUCGACACAUAUACAUUGGUUCACCAGAUUUAAAAGGCAGAGCUUCAAUUUUUAAGGUGCAUCUGAGACCUUUGAAGUUGCACCCAAGUGUGCAAGUUGAAGCUUUAGCCAGAAAUUUAGCUGCACUAACUCCAGGUUUUACUGGGGCUGACAUUGCCAAUGUUUGUAAUGAGGCUGCUCUGAUUGCAGCACGCCAUCGAAACCAGUUUAUCAUCACCAAGCAUUUUGAACAGGCAGUUGAUAGGGUGAUUGGAGGUUUGGAGAAAAAAUCUCAGGUAUUGCAGCUUUCAGAGCGGACCACUGUGGCGUAUCAUGAAGCUGGGCAUGCUGUCACUGGCUGGUUUCUAGAACAUGCAGACCCACUAUUGAAAUUAUCCAUUGUUCCUAGGGGAAAGGGUCUGGGUUACGCUCAAUAUUUGCCAAAGGAGCAGCACCUCUUCACGCAAGAGCAGCUCUUUGACAGAAUGUGCAUGAUGCUUGGAGGCCGAGUGGCCGAACAGGUUUUCUUUCGUCGGAUUACCACAGGAGCGCACGAUGACCUUCGUAAGGUUACGCAGUCAGCUUAUGCGCAGGUUGUACAGUUUGGAAUGAGCGAGGCCGUGGGUCAGGUGUCUUUUGAGCUCCCAGAGCAAGGUCUUUUUGUAACCGAGAAGCCCUUCAGCGAGCCAACAGCCCAACUCAUCGACCAGGAGGUCCGUCUACUCAUUGACUCCGCCUUCCAGCGAACGUUCCGCCUCAUCAAGGAAAAAAAAGCAAUGGUGGACAAGGUAGCAAAACGUCUCCUGGAAAGAGAGAUUCUUGAGAAGUCCGACAUGGUGGAGCUGCUGGGGCCACGUCCUUUUCGAGAGAAAUCCUCUUAUGAGGAGUUAGUGGAAGAGCUUGGGGACCCGGAGGAGGACACCUCCCUACCCGAGGGCCUAAGGAACUGGAACAAAGACUCAUGGGACAAAAAGCACUUACAGAAUGAACUAAACAAAACAUCUGCUUAUUUGAUUCAAAGGAGAUAA